ACCGUGCUGUGUUGACAGGCCCGCCUUCUCUGAGCUCACAUGCUUUUCAUGGCUCUGUCCCCUUUGGAGCGCUUGGCUCCCAAAAAAAGACAGUGCAUCAUGAGGGCCGCACUUUUGCUACGUACCCCUCUGAUCCCCCCUCUUAAGGCUGGGGCGGCAGCUGAGGGAGAUUAGAGAGGACGAGGACGGCGGUGGACAACAACACCAGCAGCCUGGAGAUAUCUGCUUCAAUCUGGAGUCACUUUUGGGAUCUCAAGCAACUUAUUAUUGGAUGUGCACGGUUUUUGAGCUCAGGUACCGCUUGAUGAACCGUGUCUAGGCUUUUUAACGCCUCUCGUCUUCACUAAUUUGGCCAUGAGUUGCUUCGGAUACCGCCGAGAGCUGAGCAAGUACGAAGAUGUGGACGAGGACGAGCUUUUGGCCUCGCUCAGCCCAGAAGAGCUGGCUGAGCUGGAGAAAGAGCUUGCGGACAUUGACCCCGAUGCCAACGUGCCCAUAGGACUCCGACAGAGGGACCAGACGGACAAGACCCCGACUGGCACCUUUAGUCGAGAGGCCCUCAUGAAAUACUGGGAGAACGAGACGCGGAAAAUUCUAGAAAAUGAGAUCGGUGGAGAAAUUCCUAAAGGGGAGGAAGAGGAUGAGAGUGUAACAGACAGAAACAGCGCGUCAGAGGACGAAAAAGACGACGAAAGUGAGAAAGAGCAGAAAAAGCUAAUGCAGGAAGAAGAGGAGGAAGAAGAAGAGGAAGAGGACGAGAGCGAGGAGGACGAGGAAGAAGAGGAGGUCGUCACCGAGGAGGACGACGAAGAAGAGGAGCAAGCAGCCGCAGACGUGGAGCCUCCCACGCUGCUCAAGCCACAGAGGGUGGAGCCUGUGAGACUAACUCCUCCCCCUCUACCUGCGGACUCCAACAGCAAUCCCACCGUUGUCGACGAGGCCCUGCAGCGAGUGCUUAGCGACGACCCUGAACUCACAGAGGUCAACUUGAAUAACAUUGACGACAUCUCGCAGGACACUCUUAUCAGAUUCGCAGAGGCCCUGAGGUCCAACACUCACGUGCGACUCUUCAGCCUCGCCAACACCCGAGCGGACGACCCGGUGGCUCUGGCCAUCGCCAAGAUGCUGCGAGAGAACUCGUCCGUCGUCAGCCUCAACAUCGAGUCCAACUACGUGAGCGGGAAGGGCGUGAUGGCGCUGGUUCAAGCUCUGCCGGCAAACAACACCCUGACAGAGCUGCGAUUCCACAACCAGAGGCACAUGUGUGGAGGACAGGUAGAGAUGGAAAUGGUGAAAAUACUGCGGGAAAACUACACCUUGAUCAAGCUGGGCUACCAGUUUAACCUGCCUGGACCCAGGAUGAGCAUGACAGGCAUUCUUACCAGGAACCAGGACCGCCAAAGGCAGAAACGAAUGCAGGAGCAGAGACAGCAACCGGAAGGAGCCAUCAACCCGCGCACCAGCGCACUGAGAGGAACACCCUGCAGCUCACCAAGAUCCUCACCUUGGUCCUCACCCAAAAUGGCUAAGAAGCAAACCCCACCCGCGCCACCUCUACCUCCACCACCGCCACCCCCACCACCGCCCCCUCCCUCCCGCCAGGAAAAGAAGAAGCCCACCAGGACGAUCGCAGAGGUGAUCAAAUGCCAUGAAGCGGGCAGUAGGAAGACCAAGAGCAAAGGGAAAAAGGGCAAGAAGGGCAAAGCGGGAAAAGACGAGACCACCUCCAUCCUCAAGGAGCUGAAGAACGCGCUCAGACCUGUGUCUGUGGAGAGGCGCGGGGGGGAGGAGGUCAGCAGGCCAUCCACGCCCAUGAGGUCGGCCCACGACCAGCUGAUGGACUCCAUACGGAACAGCAGCAUCCGCGGCCUGAGGAAGGUGGAACUACCUUCACAUCUACUAUAAUACAGAAUGGGAAAUAAUGAAUGUUGCCAUAGUUACUGGGAGUGGAGAGGAAGACCAACGUGGCCAAAAACAACACAAAUGUUGGAAUUACUGCAAUAUAAUUUUUUUUUUUAAUUUUCCAUUGUUUUAGAUUUGUUUACUGGUUAUUCUUUCCAUUUUUUUUCUCAUAAACUUGUAAAUAUGCCAUGCUUUUUGUCUAAAUAUAAACUUUUUUGUGA